AUGUCAUCUCCAGGCAUGGGCACCCCCAGUGACCCCCUCCUGGCCAGUCCAGGGGGGAGGUUAUCCACAGCUCAGGAAGGUAUCUGGAGGAGCUCACUCCCCAAAACUGCCAGCUUCCCAACGUCCACCACCCGGCACCUCAGUCACAGAGCCAACAACUUCCAAAGACAGCCAAAGCGCAGGAAGCUGAUACGACCUUCACCGCCUCCGCCGCCCAACACGCCCUGCCCUCUGGACCAGCUGGACCUCAGCGAGCUUCCCCCGAGACGCACCUUCCAAGAGCUGCUCUUCAACGGCUGCAUCCUGUUCGGUAUUGAAUUCAGCUACGCCAUGGAAACGGCCUAUGUGACUCCUGUGCUCUUACAGAUGGGCCUCCCUGAUCAGUUCUACAGCCUGGUGUGGUUCAUCAGCCCCAUCCUCGGAUUCCUCGUUCAGCCGCUCAUAGGAGCAUGGAGUGAUCGAUGCACAUCCCGGUUUGGGCGAAGGAGACCCUUUAUUUUUGCUUUAGCUAUCGGGGCCCUGGUCGGCCUCACACUGGUGCUGAAUGGACGGGACAUUGGGAGUGUUGUGGCUGACACAGCAGCCAAUCACAAGUGGGGAAUCAUCCUGACAGUGUGUGGUGUGGUUCUGAUGGACUUCAGCGCUGAUUCAGCCGACAACCCGAGCCAUGCCUACAUGAUGGAUGUGUGCAGCCCAGAGGACCAGGACCGGGGGCUGAACAUCCACGCGCUACUGGCGGGACUGGGAGGUGGAUUCGGCUACAUUGUCGGUGGCAUCAACUGGGACCAGACACAGUUUGGGCGCUCGAUGGGAGGCCAGCUGCGGGUCAUAUACGUGUUUACGAGCAUCACUUUGGUGAUAUCCACAGCCAUGACUCUCCUGAGUAUCCCUGAACGGCCCUUACCAAAGAGCCAGCCAAACAAGAACUCCAGCAAAAACCAUCUGAAGAGCCCCAGCCUCCCCCUUCCUCCCUCUCCUCCCGUCCCCCCCGGCGUGGCUCUGGGCCUGGAUGAGGAAGACGAGGACGGUCUGUACAGUUACAAUUUCUCAAAGCCAUGCAAUCCAGACCCCUUGGCCCACUCCUGCAGCGCCAGUGCACGUCUUUGCGCGGGCCUCACUAGCCCGAUAUCGCCCCUGAGCCCCCUCACUCCAAAAUAUGGCAGCUUUAUAAGUAGGGACAGCUCGCUCACUGGCAUUAAUGAGUUUGCCUCCUCAUUAGGGACCUCCUACAUAGACAGUGUGCUUAUAGACUGCUACACAGGUCAGCAGACCCCCCAGGGCCAGGCCCCCAGCGCCAGCACUGUGCCCCUGCCACCAGGGGACUCCCCGCCUCCUGAGGAGACCACGCAGGGUCCAGGGAGCAGUCCUGCAGUGCAGACCCAGGCUGACGUAGAGUCUCAUCCAUCUGGGGAUGCUCAAAAUGCAGAAGAGCCUCAGCCUGAGGGAGAUGCACAGUCUGGGGCAUCUCAGGUCACAGCUGGGGCUCAGCCUGGUGCAGGGUCACAUCGGGGCUCCACAGCCGGCAUCCUGAAGAGACCGCAGAGUCUGGCACUGAUGGAGGAGCCCAUGGCAACCCAGAUUGUUGGGCUGGAGAAUGGACGCAGGAGGACAGUGACGUUCAGCCAGCAGGUUGCAAACAUUUUGCUGAAUGGGGUGCGCUAUGAAAGUGAUCUGAGUGAGAACGUGGAGACGGGAGAGUCCCAAAUGUCCAUGAAGCUGCUGUGUAUAGCCAUCUACAGGAUGCCUCCCUCUCUGCGGAGUUUGUGCACUAAUCACUUUCUGGGCUGGCUGUCCUUUGAAGGGAUGCUGCUCUUCUACACUGACUUCAUGGGGGAGGUUGUGUUUGAAGGAGACCCCAAAGCACCCCACGACUCUGAGGCCUACCAACGCUACAACGCUGGUGUCAGCAUGGGCUGCUGGGGCAUGUGCAUCUAUGCAUUCAGUGCUGCUUUCUACUCAGCCAUAUUGGAGAAACUGGAGGAGCGUUUCUCUCUUCGCACUCUAUAUUUUUUUGCCUACUUGGCGUUUGGUCUGGGCACAGGCCUGGCCACGCUGUCCACCAACCUCUACGUGGUCCUCUCUCUGUGUGUCACCUACGGGGUGCUCUUCUCCUCUCUAUGUACGCUGCCUUACUCUCUGCUGUGUGAAUACUACCAGAGCCCUCAGUUCUGUGGCUCGUCGGAGGAAGGGACCAGGCGAGGGAUGGGGGUGGACAUCUCUCUGCUCAGCUGCCAGUACUUCCUGGCUCAGAUCCUGGUCUCUGUGGCGAUGGGUCCUCUGACCUCGCUGGUGGGUGGGGCCCAGGGAGUGAUGUACUUUGCAAGCCUGAUGUCAUUCGUGGGCUGCCUGUACUCCUCCCUCUGCGUGGUGUACCAGCUGCCCCCCCCUGAGGGUGAGCCCCCCGAUAGUGAGACCCAGCCACUACUGGUGCACAUCUAGACAAGCCUCUUAGUUUACCUCUC